AUGGCUUUGAAUCGUGGUUGGAAGGUCGAGGACUUGCUGCUAGAGCUGAACUCCUCUGCGCAGCUCAGCAAGAAGCGGCCAAAUUCCAAAAUGGUGGAGACUGCUUGGCAUGUCUUCGAAGAAAGAUUGAAGUCCCAGGAGCAUAUGGACUGCCAGGAUUACUUGAAGUUGACGGAAGGAGUCGAGAACAUCGACAUGGAUGAGGACUUGAAGCAGAAGAUCCUUUCGUGCAUUGAUGGCUGGUACGGGCAAGUUGUCGCAACCCGGUUGAGAGCUUUGGGACUGCUUUCUCUGAAAGAGAGCACGAAGGGAAUGGCAUGUGCCUUCGUUUUGUGGUGGAUGGACAGCAAGAAAUUGCCGCUGCCCACGGCACCGGUAAUCCACUAUGAGUGGUUGCCAGACUUUCAGAAGAUGUUUUUUUCCGUGGAAGUCAACUCGGGUGUCAAGGGCUGCAAAGUCUACCCACCCAACCCGCAGCAGCUGGGCGAGGAGUGGCUCAAGUCAGCCUACGGAGACGAUCCACCUCUCGUGCACCAUGUGGCUUUGCAAGUCUACUAUGACAAGGUGCCUUUGAGAAAGACGUCUCACUUGCUCAAAGGCUACGACGUGCCUGCUGCUUACAAGACGAAAGCUCAGGAGGUGUCUGCAGCUGACAAAGGCCAUGGCACGGAGAAUACGGACUGGCCGCUUUUGCUUCAAAAGUUCCUGACAAACUGGGUUCCCGCUACCCAGAGCCAGGCGGCCCCUUCGCCAGCAGCUCCUGCUACCCAAGCGGUUUCGGCGGCUUUGCCACCGGCACUGCAAGCCACCUUGCCUUCCUUGCCCGCUUUGCCAGCUCCGCCAGCCCCGGCAGCUCCACCAGCCCCUGCUGUUUCGGCUGCUGCUGCUGAUCCUCUGCCGCUUGUCGACCAAGCUGAAGUGCAGCCCCAGUCGACUCCUUCGACUUCGCAAGCUGGGGAGAAGCAGCCUCUUGCAGGUGCUCUUGAAGAGCUGGAGGAUGCUGCUUUCGAGAAACUCCAGGCAAAGUCAAAGCAGUCGAAGAAGGAUCCCAAAAAGCCAGCUGCCAAAAAGGCAGCGACCAAAAAAAAGCAGUCCCGAAGGCUGCGGGCAAAAGCAAGCCGACGGCCCCGGCAGCGAAAGCCCUUCCCGGGAUCCUUAAGAGGCCUGCAGCCAAAAGGGCAGCAGGCCUCCCGGAUGUCCUGGGAUGCUUUCGAUGUCGAGGAAAUCCUCUCGGCUGCACAACUUGCCAAGAUCCGAGCUUCAACGGCAGAAGAUUCCGUGGUCGUGCUGACUAUCUUAAGUUUGUGGCAGAGCAGAAGGCUCGCUAUGGAAAGGUGUACAAAUGAUCCGAGGAUCACCCGUGUAUAG